AGGGACACUCGCCUCCAGGGCCGGGCGGAGUAGGGCCUGCCCUGCAGAUCCCUGGGGCUCGCCUCUUCACCCUUUCCGAGCUCGGCAUUCUGUUCUGUGGAACAGAAAACCGAACUUUACUGACAAAACCAAAGACACCUAUUAGUUCGCGGUUAGGAGACGGAAGGAAGCCUGUGUGUGAGCUUGGAUGUGGGCUUUUUUCGGGCAUCUUUUCCACGGGCCCACGCACUUCACGGGACAAAAGUGGCUCUCAAUCUAGCACAUGCGCAUCAGAGCAAUUUAAGGAUUUAAUAUGAAGCCCAGAAGCAGAUAGUGCCAGAUAGCAAGCCUGUUGUUUCGCAUUUCUGGAAAAGCAGUGUCCGUGUUGUUAUGUUCACCUCCAAAAACAGUUCAGAUCUGUAGGGGAAUUGUUGUGUAAACAACUGCAGGGUAGCAGUACUUAAUAGCUCUUGUAGACGUGUAUUUGCUCUAUUAAAAUGAGUAAGAAAACGGGCAGUGACACGGCAGUAGGAAGGGUGAGUGGGGCAGCAUUUCCUUCUCCCACUGCUGCUGAGAUGGCAGAGAUUAGUCGAAUUCAGUAUGAAAUGGAAUACACUGAAGGUAUUAGUCAGCGAAUGAGGGUCCCGGAAAAAUUAAAAGUAGCACCACCAAGUGGUGACCUGGAACAAGGGUUUCAAGAAGGAGUUCCAAAUGCCAGUGUGAUAAUGCAAGUCCCAGAGAGGAUCGUUGUUACAGGAAAUAAUGAAGAUGUUUCAUUUUCAAGACCAGCAGAUCUUGACCUUAUCCAGUCCACUCCCUUUAAACCUCUAGCACUGAAAACACCACCACGUGUGCUCACACUGAGCGAGAGACCACUAGAUUUCCUGGACUUAGAAAGGCCGCUUCCAACUCCUCAAAAUGAAGAAAUCCGAGCAGUUGGCAGGCUAAAAAGAGAGCGUUCUAUGAGUGAAAAUGCUGUUCGCCAGAAUGGACAGUUGGUCAGAAAUGAUUCUAUGUGGCACAGAUCAGAUUCUGCCCCAAGAAAUAAAAUUUCAAGGUUCCAGGCAUCGAUUUCUACACCGGAGUACACUGUGACACCGUCGCCACCACAGGCUCGGGUCUGUCCUCCCCAUAUGCUACCAGAAGAUGGAGCUAAUCUUUCCUCUGCCCGCGGCAUUUUGUCACUUAUCCAGUCUUCCACUCGUAGGGCUUACCAGCAGAUCUUGGAUGUGCUGGAUGAAAACCGCAGUGUGAGAAGACAAAAUGAGAUACGUUGUGAAAGACCUGUGUUGCGUGGUGGGUCAGCUGCCGCCACUUCUAAUCCUCAUCAUGACAACGUCAGGUAUGGCAUUUCAAACAUAGAUGCGGCCAUUGAAGGAGCAUCAGAUGACGUGACUGUGGUUGACGCAGCUUCAUUAAGACGUCAGAUAAUCAAAUUAAAUAGACGUCUACAACUUCUGGAAGAGGAGAAUAAAGAACGUGCUAAAAGAGAAAUGGUCAUGUAUUCAAUUACGGUAGCAUUCUGGCUGCUUAAUAGCUGGCUGUGGUUUCGACGCUAGAGGUAACCUCAGCAUUCACAUAUAUUGUCUCAACACCUGGAAAUAUAAAGGAUUUGCAAACUUCACUGUUUCUGUCUUUGCAUUGUAUGCCGUUUUUCUAGUCCAAGCCCUGAAAAUGUAUUUCUUCCAGAAAGCAGGCGAGGACCUGUGUCUGUAAAGGCCUGUUGGUUGCUGGUCUGCGUUCAGCCCGUUCUGCAGUGGCACCUACUCACUUUCCUUCUGCAUGUUUUGUAAAUAGGCUCCAGGUUUGUUUGUUUGUUUUUAAAGAAAAUGAGUUUUUGGCCUCAUCAGUCUGUAAGCUAAUUCUCUAAACAGAAAUGACAGUCAUAAAGCGUGAGUUUAGAAACUAUCUGUAAAAGUGUUUCGUUCUGUUUCUCAGAUGAUUAAACAGUAUCUUUGAUAGAUGCUUUUUGUAUCUGCAUCUCAACAUUAAUGCUUUUGAAGUCAUAGUCUGGUGCAGGACUUAAGAAAAAUCAAACCACCUAACUCUUCUUGAUCACCUGUACAGAUGGAGUUUAAAAACUCCCAGCAAUUGAGCAGUUUAUCUGUGUGCAAUAUGUUGUUCUGACUUUCAUCUUAGUUUUCUAUAAAGUAUGUUUUUACCAAGUCCAUGUGUGAAUGAUUUAAAAACCUAAAAAACAAGGUAUAAAUGUAGUGUACUUAAUAAACUGUCAACCAAA